GUGAACUUCACAGAAUUCUUACUCCGACUCUACUUCGGAUCUCCGUGCUCAGCAACUUCCACCGGUGCCGAUCAGUGAAGAAUUUCACAAACUUGAACACAAGCCAGAGGCUUGUGUCCACCGAGGUCGUUUCCACAAUCACAAGAGCGCAGGACAAGUAAGGACAAGCGGAAGUGGCGGCGGCCUCCUCCCCUGCGGAUGACCGAGACUGAAGAUCAGUCGGCUUCGGGUGCCAACGGGCUGGGGCGGCAGAACGAGGAGGCGGCAGUGACAGUUGGUGGUGACGGUAACGUCGGGGGUGAGAACGAGACUAGUGGUACAGCCGCUGCGAUCACCGAGCCAGCGUCGGAGAACGGAAGUGCGAUGAAAAAAGAAGAACAAGAAGCGCAGCGGGACUUGCCGAAGGGCGGCGCCGCGGGCGUCGCGACGCCCAUGACGGCAAUGCCGGUAGAGGACGACGACGAGGAGGAACAGGAGGACGAGGAGGAGGAGGACGGCGAGGUGGAGGAGGACGAAGAAGAGGGGGAUGACGAGGGUGGAAUCGCGGUGGAGGGUGGAAUGACGACACAGGACGAGGUCGGGGGUGUGUUGAUCGGCGGCGAAGGUGGGGGUGGAGGCGGCAUGGCCGGCUACUGGAGGCAGAGCAGACCCUCCAGUCCCCGCAUGCCGCCUCCGGAGCAGUCGGAGCAGCCGAGCCGACCCAAGAGCCGGCACGAGCUACAAACCGCGAGAUACAACAACCUCGGCUACUGGCGGGCGAGAAGAGUCACCUUUUAUAAAAAUGGCGAUCCUUACUUUCCCGGCGUCGAGUUCAGGUUCAAACCUGGACGCGACAUUGGCUCUUUGGAAGCUCUGCUGGAUAGAUUAUCUCUCCGAUUGGAUCUACCAAGGGGUGCACGCCACAUUUUUUCGAUGGAUGGUGACCGCAAACUUAGCCUUGACGAGCUCGAGGAUGGCGCCUCCUACGUAGUGUCCAGCUACAAGACCUUCAAGCCGGCCAGUUACGGAAAGAAGAACAACACUUGGUACACAAGUCCGGCGGGCGGUGGAGGCAGCAGAAGCGGCGCCACCGGGGCCGGAAGUGGGAUCGGGGGGUGGCAAAAUAGACCGUCAGCAGUGCCGAGUCUCAGCCGGAAGGCCUCCAUCACCGAAGAAGCGCCGCCACCCGGGGGUGGAAAGCCCUCCUCGGGUCGCGUCAUUCGUAUUGUCAACAAUCAUGACCACACCGUUCAGUGCCGAGUCUUGUUAAACCUCCGUACGUCGCAACCCUUCGAGGAGGUCCUGGAAGAUCUUGGACAAGUGUUGAAGAUGAAUGGAGCCAAGAGGAUGUUCACAGUCUCGGGGCAGGAGGUGAGGAGUUUUUCGCAACUGAGGAACGAGUUCGCGGAUGUGGACACGUUUUACCUGGGCACCGGAUCGGCUCUCGCCGUGGCCGGCGGCAUCACGUCCCCGGUACGAAGAUCGAGAUCCCGCGGUCCACCCGCCGUCGUCGAGGAUGUCAGCCGGCAGCGGAGGGCUCGAAGCAAAAGCAGACCUCGCGCGUUGUACGCGGCCGACUCCGAAAUCGUUCGAGUGAACGAUUACAGUGUCGUGGAGGUGCUGCGCGACGAACCGGCGAGGGUUACGAUCAGAGGACUCAGACGAUCGUUUUAUCCGCCCUCCCACCUACCACCGGUCGACAAUUUGCCGCCGGAAAAGAAGCUGCAGCUCGAGUGGGUCUACGGCUAUCGGGGAACCGAUACUCGCAGAAACCUUUGGGUCUUACCUAGUGGCGAAUUGUUGUAUUACGUCGCGGCCGUGGCCAUUCUUUUCGAUCGUGAGGAGAACACGCAGCGACAUUACAUCGGUCACACGGAGGACAUCACGUGCAUGGAGGUUCACCCCAGCAGGGAACUAGUCGCGUCCGGUCAAAGAGCGGGCAGGCACCGGAAGGCGCAGCCGCAUGUCCGUAUAUGGUCGACGGAAACUCUUCUUACCCUUUACGUGUUCGGUAUGACCGAGUUUCAGAUGGGCGUCUCGGCACUAGCGUUCUCACAACUGAAUGGCGGUAGUUACGUGCUCGCCGUGGAUUCUGGCAGAGAAGCGAUACUAUCGGUGUGGCAGUGGCAAUGGGGUCAUCUAUUAGGCAAAGUGGCGACCAUGCAGGAGGAUCUCACAGGCGCGGCAUUUCAUCCAUUAGACGAUAAUCUUUUAAUAACACACGGGCGCGGCCAUCUGACCUUCUGGAAUCGGCGGAAAGACGGUUUCUUCGAGCGAACCGACAUCAUCAAGCCGCCAUCUCGUACGCACGUGACGAGUAUUCAGUUCGAGCAGGACGGUGACGUCGUUACCGCGGACAGUGACGGCUUUAUUACGGUGUACUCGGUGGACGCGGACGGGGCCUAUUUCGUGCGAAUGGAAUUCGAGGCGCACAACAAGGGCAUCAGUUCCCUCGUUAUGCUGUCGGAAGGCACUCUGCUGUCCGGCGGCGAGAAGGAUAGAAAAAUUGCCGCUUGGGACUCGUUGCAAAAUUACAAACGCAUCACCGACACAAAGCUGCCGGAAUUGGUGGGCGGUGUACGUAGUAUAUAUCCGCAACGUCCUGGACGGAACGACGGGAACAUUUACGUGGGAACCACGCGCAACAACAUUCUCGAGGGUUCCCUGCAGCGAAGGUUCAACCAGGUUGUGUUCGGCCACGGCAGACAACUGUGGGGCCUGGCUGUUCACCCCGACGACGAGGUCUUCGCUACCGCGGGACACGACAAGAACAUCGCCCUUUGGCGACGUCACAAGCUGUUGUGGACCACGCAGGUGGGUUUCGAGUGCAUAUGCAUAGCCUUUCAUCCGUUCGGCGUGGCUCUGGCGGCGGGAUCGUCCGAGGGUCAUCUUCUGGUACUCGCAGCCGACACCGGAGCAGCCGUGGCGACUCUGCGAGUAUGCGGCUCGCCGCUAUCCUGCAUUGGAUACAAUCCCACCGGGGAAAUUGUGGCUAUGGGGUCGCAAAAUGGUAGCGUUUACCUGUUCAGAGUGUCUAGGGAUGGGUUUUCUUAUAAAAAGAGCAACAAGAUUCGUGGAACGCAGCCGUUAGUGCAACUCGAUUGGAGCUCCGACAGCCGCUUUCUUCAGACCGUCACGCAAGACUACGAUCUCGUGUUUUGGGAUGUUAAAGUAUUGUCAUCGGAAAAGAGCCCGCUGGUCAUGAAAGACGUCAAGUGGUACACUCACAACUGCACCGUGGGUUACAUGGUUUCUGGACAAUGGAACAAUCGUUACUAUCCGUUGACCACUGUCGUCACCACUUCCAGCAGAUCGGCGGCGCACGACAUGCUAAUAAGCGGCGACGCCGAGGGAUACCUUCGGCUUUUCAGGUAUCCGUGCACCAGUGCCAAGGCCGAGUACGUCGAGGAGAAGGUGUACAGUUCGCUGGUGGCGUGCGCCCGGUUCCUCUACAACGACCAGAACGUCGUGACCGUCGGGGGCACUGACGCCGCUUUGAUGCUUUGGGAGCUGGUCGAUGAAUAAGACGAGAGAUAUAAAUUUAUAUUUUUCUCGAUGAAUUUUCACCCUUGAUCUUGGAAAUUUUUUUGUAACCCUCAUUGAAAACCCUCGUGAUCGAAUAAGUGUUCAAUGAUCCAAACAGAGAGAGAACCGAUUUGUGUAAUUUUUCUCGCUCUCGAAUGUGCCUUACCUGGUACGCGAUCACGUUUUAUUGUACGUCGCGAGUGUGUUGUAUCUACGUGUAUUGUAUCUAUACGUGGAAACGACAAUCUCGCCGUUGUUUUGGCGUUGUUAUACGCAUAUAAUGACGCUAUAUACAAAUAUACAUAUAAAGAUGUAAAGAAGCUACUUCAGUAGACGUGUAAUCUGCUGUGUUUUUGGCUGCACUGUAUUGCAAUUUUCUACAUUUUCAAAACAAAAGAUUUUACAUUUGCAAUUAAAAAUAAAGAGAACAAACAACAAAAAACAAAAAAAAACAAAUGUGAACAAAAGUAUAUAUUUUUGGAGAUUUGAGCGAAGCAAGAAAAAGCGGAAGAGGGGAAGGGGGAAAGACACCGGUGAUCAAGGAAAUGCAGAAAAUGCAGCUAAAAAUAGCAACAUCUAUUGUCUAAUGUUAUUCGUAGCGAGAAAUGUGGGGCGCUGGCGCCUCUUGGUAGACUUUAAGCGAGGAGCGGGAGUCGUGUGUUGGCGAAAUUGCGGCGGAAGUGCUCAUCGCGCGAAUUACGUUGUGGAAAUAAAAAUGAUGGAAAAAAAAAACCGAUUACCUCUCAGCUGUAAUUUGCUAGAUUUCUAUUUUCCGCCAGCUUGUUUCGCGCCUUUCGUAAAAUUUCACGUUUCUCUCGUUCAGAGAUUCGAAGAAAUGUGAAAUGAAAAAUUUUCGGAGAAAGUUUCGCGAUCGCAAAACGAGCGUGAGCACUUUUGGAAAGGCAUUUGCUGACAUUCGAGCUGCGCGGUAAAUUCUAGAUUUUAAGCAGUCGUUUGUAGUAAUCCAAUGUGAGUUUGCACACACUUAGAUUUGUUCUUUUUUAGCUGCACUACCUGUAUUUAAAACGAAAAAAUUGAAUGCAAAUCGCACGAGCGAACAUAAUCAUAUUCGACCUCGCAAUGCGGACAGCACUGCGAACAUCAAUCAAACACCCGACGUACGUAAUUAAACAGUUACUCUACGUUCGUCUACUCUAAUUGAUCUGGUUUCUUGGCUCGCAGAACGAUGGAUAAAAAAAAACCAAAUUGAUCGAAACUUCUUUGUUAAAAUGAAUAUUUAAUAAAAAGAUCUUGUUGUUUUCAACAUAUGUCUAAUGUGGUAACUUGUACGGGACGGACAAUUUUGUUUCUGUCCGAGAUAAAUGUCUCUCGAGCGAGUCAUUUGUCAUGUUGCUGUGUAUUUCUCGCGUAAUUAAAAAAGCAAAUAAUUAAUCGCAAUCCAAUGUAAUGUUUUGUAGAGAGCGUCGACGUGACGUAAAUUUGUUCGAUGAAGUAACGAGGGGAGAUAACGUUUUUCGAACGAUCAUUCGCGGACAGACGAUCUGGUGUGGAGAAAAUCUGUCUCUCCGUGUGGAGAUAUUUAAUAACAAACAAAAAGAAAUAAAAAAACCAUAUUUAGCACUGCCAGAAGAAGGUUGGAACUUGGCAAGAGAUUGCGCGUGCAUUACAUUUUUUUUUAGGGGGGAGGGAGGGAGGGAUUCAAAUCAAUCAACCCCGAAGGGAAUCGU